GUGAAAGAAAAAAGGUGCCUGCUCAUCGAUCCCGAUGAGUGCGAGGUACGAAUACGGCUGCACUGGAUACCUAUUCACAUAAGCGACGACACAGUGCGGAGGGCCCUAGAGCCUUAUGGAAAAAUCAACGAAGUAUCCCGCGACACAUGGAGGGCGGAAGGCUUCCAGAAUGUUCAGACGACGACAAGGCUGGUGAGAAUGAACCUAAAAGAAGGCGUAACCAAGGAAAACCUCCCGCACCAGCUGCGUCUGUUCGGCAGCAACGUUCUCGUUCUUGUCCCCGGAAGAGCACCUCUCUGCCUUCGAUGUAAAAGAACAGGCCACAUCCGCCGAGAAUGUCGCGUCCCCCGCUGUGACAAGUGCCAUCGUUUUGGACAUGAGCAAGAGGAUUGCAUCCGGACGUAUGCCACUGUAAUGCGACCGGCUCCCGAGGAAGACAACUCUGAAUUCUUCAUCGAUGAAUUUGAAGCUUCGAAAAUCGAAGACGGCUCUGGGCACCCAACUACCACCCAUACCCAAGCACCUUCAGGGGCUGACAAACGAGACGCAUCGCAAGACGAAGACACAACCGCAACGAUUCUCGAAGCUGACAAGACAGCUGCCUGCGUCGGAAACGGCGCAGACAACCUCAAGGCCGCUCCAGGCUCCUCUAAAAGCCAGCGACAGAAGACAGUCGACGGGAACGACCUCUCCUUUGACGAUGCCACUGAAGUUGACUCGGAAAUGGGCGACAGCUCGGAUCUCUCCAAGCGACCGCUAGAUCGCGCCGAGGAAGAAGACGCCGACCUUGAAGGGCCUGACUGGAGCAAGCCACAAGGAAGAAAGAAACGCAAGCCCCGAGCUCCACCGGAUGGCCAACGAGAGCAAACCUCGCAGUAG